AUGCCGACGCUCGUCGAGUUGUGUGGACUCGCCCCGAUUCCUGCGUGUCAGGCCUCCUCUUAUCACCAAAGCAUCUGCACCGAGGGCCAGUCACUUGUACCACUACUGCGCAACCCAGAGGACACGGCCAAUCGAACCGCGGCCUAUAGUCAAUAUGCGUUUUGUAUGCAUGACGAUAUGAUAUGGCACGACGCUUGUGAUGCCGAGGUGGAGCCACAGGUCAUGGGCUACGCGAUCCGCACACACCGAAUUGCACUCUGGGCAAAACAUGACUUGCUGCAGGUACUGGGGCAAGAGCUGUACGAUCACACCGAGGCAGACAGCGUGGAAAACGAGGCGGAAUCGGUUAACCUGGUCCACCAGUACCCUGCCGUCGUGGCCAGCUUGCAUGCUCAACUGGUUCACUUUUUCGAUGGCAAUGAUGCCAUUUCCUAA